AUGCCCCCCAUCUACGUCAAGCCAGAGAACGCCCUCAAGCGCUCCGAGGAGCUUCUCGCCCUUGGCACUCCCCAGUCCCAGCAGCAGGCUUUCGAAAACUUGAUCGAGGUCUUCCAGUCUAAACGAUUCAAGCAGACCCCCAUCAACGUCCUCGAGCCCAUCGUCACAAAAUUCAUCGACCUCUGUGUCCUCCUCAACCGAAAGGCCCACGCCAAGUCUGGGCUCCUCGUCUUCAAGUCGGCUGCCCAGACCACCAACAUUGCCGCCAUCGAGCGCGUCUUGAACCACUUUAUCGCCCAGGCCGAGACCCGUCUCGCCGAUGCCGUCGAGCAGGCCAAGAAGGAAGUCGCUGCCCUCCCCGACGUUCCCGUCGUUGACGAUGACCUCCCCCUCCAGCCCGCCUCCCUCAUGCUCGACACCUUUGUCGACAGCGCCGGCGACCGCGAGCGGAUCGAGCGACGAUUGAUCGCCCCCGCCCAAAAGUACUGCUGGGAUGCCUAUGACAUUUGUCUCGACAUUGCCAAGAGCAACGACAGGCUCGAAAUCAUCUACCAGUCCAUCGCCCACCGAGCAUUCAAGUUCUGCAAGGUCCACGAGCGAAAGACCGACUUCCGUCGUCUCUGUGAGCAGAGGCUCAGGAAGGAUCUCGCCAACGCUGCCAAGUACUCUCACCAGCCCCACGCCAUCAACCUCUCUGACCCCGAGACUCUCAACCGAUUCCUCGAGACCAGGUUCCUCCAACUCCAGACGGCUGUCGAGCUCGAGCUCUGGCAAGAGGCUUUCCGAUCUGUCGAAGACAUUCACGGUCUUAUCGCUGGCAGAAAGGGUACCAAGGCUUCCAUGAUGGCCAACUAUUACGAAAAGUUGACUCAGAUCUUCAAGGCUGAGGGCGGCAAGCAGACUGCCGUGUUCCACGCUGCUGCCUGGGCCAGGUACUUCCAGCAGGCCGAGCGAGCUGGCAUUGUCAGCGACAAGGCUUCUGGAUGUGUCUUGCUUUCUGCCCUCGCCGUCCCUCUUGGUGAGGUCGAGGUCAAGCAGAGGCUUGUCGCUCUUCUGAACCUCCCCAAGAUGCCCACUCGCGAGACCCUCGUCCAGGACGCCGCCGGCAAGCACUUGAAGCGAGUCCCUGUCGACAUUAGGCAGAUCUACAACAUUCUCGAGGCCGACUUUGAGCCUACGACUGCUGCCAAGGUCCUCGCUCCCCUCAUCACCAGCCUCGCCCCCGCGUACCAGCCCUACCUCCCCGCCCUUCGUGACGUCGUCCUUUCUCGAUUGCUCCAGGCUCUCGCCCAGGUCUACGACGCUGUCACCUUGAGCCACAUCCUCGACCUUGUCAAGCCUCUCGACAACACCCCUUGGGCUACCGACAUGCCUUCCCUCGAAAAGUUUUUGGUCUCUGCCUGUCGACGAGGUGACAUUCGCGCGUCUGUCGACCACGUCUCCAAGACCAUCACUUUCGCGUCUGCCCCCGCCGACCCUACCCACCUCCAGAGCCUUGCCGUGUGCUUGUACAACACUGUCAACUACCUCAACCCUGUGCCCACCACCUCCCGUUCCGACGCGUUCGCUGCUGCGAUCGCCUCUGCCGAGGAGGAGCGCAAGCUCGCCAGCCACAAGAGGCAGAUUGUCAUCCGCCGACGUGAGCUCCUCGAGGAAGCACGUCUUCGUCGUGAGACUGCCGAGUCUACCGCUCUCGCGGAGCGCCUCAAGGCCAAGGCUGAGGACGACGCUCGAAGGAUCAAGGAGGAGGCCAAGCAGGCCGAGAUUGACCGUGUGCGCAAGCAGAUCAACCAGACCAAGGAGGCCGAGGCCAAGCAGCUCGCUGCUUCCCUUGCUGCCCAAGGUGCUCUCAAGGUCGACAUCUCUAGCAUCGAAAACCUCGACUCUAGCAAGCUUGUGGCCAUGCAGGUCGAGCAGCUCGCCAAGGAGAAGAAGGGCUUCACCGAGAGGCUCAGGAUCGUUGGCAAGAGAGUUGACCAUUUGGAGAGGGCUAUGAGGAAGGAAGAGAUUCCUUUGCUCACUGACGACUAUGAGCGCCAGAAGGCCGAGGACCGUGCGGUCCACGAGCAGGCCAACAAGCUUCUCAGGGAGCAGGCUAUCGAGCAACAAAAAGCUGCCAAGGAGCUCAAGCAGAGGCUCGGCAGGAUGUUGGACGACUACAACCAGCUCAAGGCUGUCGUGGAGAGCCAGAUGGAGGACGAGCUCAGGGUUGCCAAGGAGGAGGCAAAGAAGAAGGUUGAGGCCGACAAGGCUCGUGUCCGAGAGCAGAUCAUCCAGAGGAAGAGGGAGGAGAAGGCCAGGAGAGAGCAGGAAGCCAGGGAAGAGGAGGAGAGGGAGCAGGCUGAGCAAGCCGCAGCUGCCCAGCGUGCUGAAGAGGAAGCCCGCAAGGCCGCCGAGCGUGAGAACGCUGCUGCCGAGGCUGCUGUCGCCGCCGAGAAGCGCAAGGCCGAGCGUGAGGAGCAACGUCAGAAGGAUGAGGAGAUUAGGCGCAAGCAAUUGGAACGUGAGGAAGAAUCGUUCCGUCGUCGACAGGAGGCUGCUGCCGCUCCCCCUGCCCGGGCUUCUUACCGACCCCCUGGUGCCGGCGCUUCUCCUUCUGCCUCCCCCGCUCCCGCUGCGGGCGGUGGUUCAUGGUUGGAGAGGAGGAAGGCCAUGGCUGCCGCCGGUGGUGGCUCUGCUCCUUCUCCUCCUCCCGCUGCUGUCCCUGCUGCUCCCGCUCCUUCAUCGUCUCCUGCCCCGGCCCCCGCGUCCGGUGGCUCAUGGCUCGAGAGGAGAAAGGCGCAGGCCGCUGCUGCUGCUGCUUCCGGGGGUGCCUCGCCCUCUGCGCCUACCCCUGCCCCGGCCCCCGCGGCCAACGGUGCGGACGAUGCCAAGCCCGGUGUGUGGAGGAGGAGGGGUGCUCAGUAG